UUAGAAUUACCGUGUAAGCAAGUAAAUACGUGUACUGCUGCAUAACUUGCAUAGGUGGAUUCCUCUAACAUUUAUUUUUAAAAUAACAGACAAGUGCCAGUUUUGAUUUGUUAGGUCAGUACGUUAAUUAAUAAACGUUGUACUUACUAUACACCAUUUCAGGUUUUUAUAGUUUGUCUAAAUAGUUUUUCAUUAAACAGUUUGGUUUCAAACCAAAGGAGCUUAGACACAAUGUAAAAAUAGAUAAAUGGGAUACUCAAUGAAACCGGUAAUUGUGUGUUAAUCAUAAAGCAAUAACAGCCACAUAUGCACCUUUAUUGAAAUAUUAAACACCGACGAUUGGAUUCGGGGAAUGGGGGGUGCACAGCGAGGGUCCUCCUGAGCGAGGACGCGCAGAAGUCCAGUCGUUCUGACAGAUACGCAGUGACGUAAGGACGUAAGGACGAAAGGCAGGCGCGCUGUCAGCCGGAAGCACUGAUAGGGGGAAAUAGUUGUUAUCGUGUGUUGUUAUUUCUGAUUGUGUAUGAAUGCUGUGUCGACAUUGCUAGAACAAGUGGAACUGACCUCGACUGAAUUUUCUGGAGGAACGCGGCCAAGGAACUUGCGAACACUAACGUUAUGUGUGUUGAAGCAGGAGCAAGAGCCGAUCGCUAAACAAAUACAGCUAACCAAACACCAUUGGAUCGACCGAGGAGACCAGCGAACAGGGUGCAGGGGUAACAGUUAGUGAAGACAGAGACUGAGAAACCGACGGAUACUGGGAACUGUCUGUCUUUAUGCUUGUCUUUGUAUAGAGGGAGGUAGACAAAUACAUAUUAGCUGGGUAACUUGGCAAAAUUUACAUUAGGACAUAUCUAAACCGAUAGCAAGCGAAUGAAUCUUGAAAAGACACCACCCGCCAGCCCCUCCCUCCUCUCUUUUGGCAACACCAUCGGGGGACGAUCGAGGACUGAGAGACGGGACAAUUUGCUUCAAAAUAAAUGCCCCAUGAAGAGUGGACCUACUGAACAGGUAUUCAUGGAGUGAAAGUAGGCCUUGUGAUUACGGCACGAGCUGUACUUUUUGGAUUUUCUAAAUAAUUCACUGGACAUUUUUAGCUGUGGUUCAUUGUGCAUGACUAUCCAGCAAGAACACAAGAGCGUCCUUUUUCAUCGAGCCUUAAAAUUGCUGCUCCCGUCCACCGCUGCUGAGGUUGGCCGCAAUUUACAGUUUGGAAACUGUUCCCCAACUUUACCCAGCGUCACCCGUCUCUACGCCCCUCGUCACUGAAUCGGUUGGCGGGGUGCAGCCGAACCGCCAUGGCACAACAGCAGAUGCCAAGUUCCCAGAAAGCGCUCAUGCUUGAACUGAAGUCUCUGCAGGAAGAGCCGGUGGAAGGUUUCCGCAUUACUUUGGUGGAGGAGUCGGAUCUAUACAACUGGGAGGUGGCAAUCUUCGGCCCCCCCAACACUCUGUAUGAGGGGGGUUACUUCAAGGCCCACGUCAAGUUCCCCAUCGACUACCCCUACUCCCCACCCACGUUCAGGUUCCUCACAAAGAUGUGGCACCCAAAUAUCUAUGAGAACGGCGAUGUGUGCAUCUCCAUCCUGCAUCCCCCUGUGGAUGACCCCCAGAGUGGAGAGCUGCCCUCAGAGAGAUGGAACCCCACACAGAACGUCAGAACCAUCCUGCUCAGUGUGAUCUCCCUGCUGAAUGAGCCCAACACCUUCUCCCCGGCCAAUGUGGACGCUUCAGUCAUGUUCCGCAAGUGGAGAGACAGCAAGGGCAAGGACAAGGAGUACGCCGAGAUCAUCAGGAAGCAGGUCCUCUCCACGAAGGCGGACGCGGAGCGGGACGGGGUGAAGGUGCCCACCACGCUGGCGGAGUACUGCAUCCAGACCAAAGCGCCGUCCCAGGACAGCUCCGACCUGCUGUACGACGACCUGUACGACGACGACAUGGAGGACGAGGACGAGGACGCCGGGGGCGACUGCUACCACGACGACGACGACUCCGGGAACGAGGAGUCCUGACCUUCCUCACCCCCCCUCCCCCCAACACCACCACCGUUUACUACACUGAACCCCCUUCCUCAAGCUGCAGUCCCACAUACACAUACACACACAUACGCACACACACACACACACACACACACACACACACACACACA